CUUGUCAAGACUGCCAAAACAGUUGUCUGAACUUAGACAGUUUAAUUUAAGGCACCUAAAUGAAUAAUGUAACUUAAACAAGUUGAGCAGCCAGCAGAUUUCACUGACUAUUUUGACUAUAGUAUUAGAUGCUUGGCUUGCGUGCACGCUAUUUUUCAAAUACUGGGAGUAAUCCUUUGAUAUUUGAUGUUACUUAAAAAGCUUCUGGAUACCCUUGCACCCCUGGUGAGAAGAGCACCUAGAGCUGAGAGGUGACAAAUCUCUUGUCUUUUUGCUUGUGUUCUGCGUAAACAACAAAGUACCGUGAUGUCGUAGCAGCAAUGUGCGGCUUUGUGCGGUGCUCACCCAGAGUUAAGACUAAAACAUUAUUAGCCAAUGUGGAGCCUAUGGAAAAAAAUAAAAAAUAAAAAACUAACAAUUUUUCUUCUGAUCAGACCACUCCUGGAAGAAUAUGAACAGUUCCUUCUCCACAACAGAGAACCUUCCCAUUCUCUCAUUGCAUCCCCAGCUCUGACGCUCAGGUGUGAUGGGAAGAGCAGCACAGCGCAGCACGGCAGCCGUGUGCUGGCCAGCAAGCCAAGAAAAGGUAUCCAAAUGGAUGUUGGAAAUUCCAAGUGUGCUGCAGAGUAUGCUGGUAUGUUACCGUGUAUGACACUCAGCCCGGACAAUUUACAAAUUGACUGUAAGGCAGCAGUAGAUGAGAACUCAGUAUUUGUGCACCAUGCAUUAAUAAAGGCAGGGGAAGGCUUAUCGUCUGUAAAUAAAAUGCUUUGAUUCACUGAAGCAAAAAUGUUUGUCAUCUAUAAAUAGGAUCAUUUAAUUCACUGGAGCCAUUGUGAUACAAUUUUACAACAGGACUGAAAGCCAUUUUUACUGAUGACUUCAAAUCAAUUGUGUUGUUUGACACAAAUUGGUGCAAAACAUCAUCUGAUCCCGUUUAUGACUCUCCUACUUCGGUACACUUGGAAUGUUGUUCUGUAUCAUUUCACAUCUGUUUAAUCGAGCUAAUAUUCCAUCUGCUUCAUUGGAGUGAUAAUGUGAUGAGCUCAAACUCAAAUUACUGAUAAUGAACAACUCGUUCAUUUCUCAUCAAAGAGCUAGCUGAGGGAUUAGAUUUUUUUUUCUGAAGCCCACAAGGCUUCAUUCUCUUCUAAACAUUAGAUUUUGCAGUAAGAAAAGAAAGUCUCCACUUCAGGCAAAAACAUCUUUUGGGACCACAGAAUUUGCUUUCAAGUUUCAGCUUGUCCUUGAGAAGAGCUGGUCGAAUUGGCUAAGGAAAUCACUUUGCUUCCAAAGACAUUUGCAUCCUCUGCUUCAUUUGCCUAAGGAUUAAGCAUAGAAGAUCUUGCUUUUCUCUGUCGGACAAUCAUCCCCAAAUCCUAAGAAAAUGAACUUCUUUCUCUGUGGUCCAACGACAAGAAUGAAUGCAACUGCACUCCUCCUCCGGGAGGUGUCCAACAGCUCCUCAAAUCUGAAUGAAGCUUCUUUGUACUACUUGCUGGAGGAAUGGGCUCUCAACCCACAAGACACAAACAUGAAGAUGUUUUUAAUUCCUCCAGUUGUCUGCCUCAUGGCAGGUGUCCUCAUUAUUCCUUCCAUCUUGUUUGUGAUCUUCUCUAGGUUUAGCAUCCGAAAGGAAACGAGGUACAUGCUGCUGGGGAAUGCUUUGCUCUGUGAUCUGAUAUACCUUUUGUUCUACGCACUGUCAGCUACUCUCAGCGCAGCACAUGUAAGUCUCCCAAAGGAAGCCUGUGUUCUCCAGUUAUUCCUGCUGGCAGUGGCUUACUGCGGAGGACUGUUCACAGCUGCUGCCAUAGUCUUGGACACGUACAUAGCUAUUUUGUUUCCUUUGCGCUACGUCACUAUUUUGCCUUCUUCACGAACAAAAAAAGUGAUUGUAUUGCUAUGGAUCUGUUCGGGGGUUCUCCCUGGGAUUUUCUUCUUGGUGCUAUCCAGCACUCACAACUUUGUGCCCUGCGUCCUGGAAAUGUGCUCGAUUCCCCUAAUAAUAAUAUUAACUCUGAGUGGGACUGAUGCUGUGAAACUCUGUUUCUGGCUGUCUGCUAUGGUUAUCUUUCUCUUCUUGUCUCUAAUAUUUUGUUGUUAUGCUAUUCUUUAUUUUAAAACCAGGCAAUCAGGUAUAUGGGAGAGCAUCUGUUCCAGAGCCAGUGUGACUUUCUUAAUGCACAACACUGUGUUGUUCUUUUAUUUCUCUCCACUCUUGGUUCUUUUUGUAGAAUCAUUCUUGUACGUUAACGUUGUCAUUGGACUGGAGACAGGAAUCUGGGUCUCCCUGACAAUCUGCAAUGUCCUGAUGAUUCUGCCUAAAGUUUUGUUCCCUUUUCUGUAUGGACUUCGAUACAGAGAGAUCUCAGCAUCUCUCAAAUCCAUCAUCAGAAGGAAGCAUCUUCACCUGGUGUCACCUGCUCCAUCACCAUCCUGAGGCAACACAGAGAACAGUUACAACACAAGAGUUGUCCUUAACUUGUUAGCGUGCAAGCCUGGUGGAAAUCACUCAGCUUCUUUUGCAAGUGUGAGAUGUGGGCUGAUCACUCUGCCUCCUUGGUGCCAGAAGGGCACAAGUCUUUCAUCACAUCACAGUUGGGAUUACAGCAGAUGCUGCCCUGGACAAAACUCUAUGCUUUGUUGUGAUGUGGGAGGGCAGCAUAUUUUGGAGGACAUAGUGAGUCAGGAUCAUUUCCAUCCAUCCAUGGCAGAUGUCUUCCUGGAAAAUAGAAAACGAAAAAUAGAUGGUGCAAAGCACAUGGGUGCAGAGCAAAGGGGGUAACUGCAGGUCUCUUGACAGCACUGCCUACAGGAUACAGGAUUCUUAACCAAGCAAACGUACUGUGAGCAGAUCAGCUAUUUUUUUCAUUCAUGGUGUAUUUUUGCAAGGUUGGUAGCCACUGUUCUGUUCUGUAACAUGUCAUGAAAAAUGCCUCUGGAAACUGCCGUACUCAGUGAAACACUGUGCUUCACCUCAGGCGGUGUGUCAGUGUACUAUCUGCCUUAUGGAUUCUGUCUGACAAUGUGCAAAACACUGUGUUUUUGUAAAAUCUCUGUUUGAUGGGAAGUCAUCUUUGAUCAGUGUCUGUCAGGCAGCUCGGUGAGGGAAGACGAGCAGGAGCAGCGGGUGGCAAGGGGGCAAGCAGGCAGUGCCUGCUGCGGGGUGCCAGGCUCAGCCCAGAGCCCUGGGUCCCUGCCAGGUCCCUGCCGGGUCCCUGCCAGUGCUGCCAGGUCACAGACUCUCUCUGCCUUCUCUGUUCUUAAAGCAAUACCCCAAAAGUGCUGUUUGUGUGUUUGGGGUGUUUCACACUCAUCUGAAGAACGGCACUAAGUGGGAGUCAGGAGAUCAGUGUGUGGUUGCACAAGGUGUUUUUGGCAAUGCAGCCUGAGAGGUUCCUGCUUCUCUCCCUCUCCCCUCAUUCCCCAAGUGCUGGUUACUCUCCUCACUCCACGGUUUGCAGAUCUCCCCAGUCUGCUAAUGCAACUGCUCAUGGGGUUGCAGGCUAAAAAUAUCCCUCCAAAGAGAAGUAGAGUUGUUUUCAUCUUAACCAAGAUUAUCUCAGGGAUCUGUUUAUUAGCAUGUUCUGCAAAAAUCUGUGUCAGCACAGCUGAGGGGGUGACAAAUUUCAUGUCAGAGGUGGGGCACCUAGGGGGGCUUUGCUGUGAAGGGACACUUGUGUAAGAGCAUCUUUAAGCUAAAGUUGUUGCAAGUGAAAAAAAGAAAAAAAAAGUAUUAGUGCAUAUUUGCUUUAAGCAUGGUUCUGUGCUUCCCCUAUUUUUACCCAAAGGAACAUUAAAUUACUGAGUAAUUGCUUUGUUUUCCAGGGAAAAAUUCUUCAUCCUCUUCAAUAAAAAAUGAGGACCUGA